UGUAUAUAAUUGGUUAUUUUUAUAGGAAGUUGAUAGAUAACUCCCUCAAAAUUCAUAUAAAAGAAGUCGUUUUGAAUUACUCCAAGUAUUCUUUUAUGACUUGUGUCAUUUAAACUACGUUAACGUUUUAUUUCAACAUUAAAAAAUAAAAUGCUUUGUCUUCGAAUAUUGGUGAUUUGUUUAAUGGUAAUAAAAGGAUACAAUGGAUAUCCUGCAACAAGUCAUAAGGCAACACAUGGACAUUCAAUUCCACCAGUAACAAGAUUUUCUCGUCCAAGCAAAGAAAAUAUUGACAGUCAAGAAAUAUAUUUAAAAAUUAAAUCAUUAGCACCAGAAGAAAGACAAAAUGCAUGGGAAAUGAGUGGUCUAUUUGAAGGUGAUAUAAUGGAAAAUAAAAAUGUUGCUAGAAAUGGUCUAACUGAUGAUGAAUUUAGAUGGCCAGAUGGAAUUGUUCCUGUCUUUAUUAAUGAGGAUGAUUUUGAUCAAGAAGAUAUAGCAAUGAUUAAAGCGGCUUUAAAGGAAUAUCAUGAAAAAACAUGUUUAAGAUUCAGGGCUUACAAUGAAAAAGAUAGUGAUUAUGUUGUAUUUCAAGGUAGUGAAGCUGGAUGUUGGUCAUCAGUUGGUAGACAAGGUAAAGAACAAGUUAUUAAUCUUCAAAAUCCAGGAUGUAUGAAACAUGGAACAAUUGUUCAUGAAAUAAUGCAUGCUGUUGGAUUUUAUCAUCAACAAAGUAGCUUUGAUCGUGAUGAAUAUGUUAAAAUUAUUUGGGCUAAUAUUGAAAAAGGAAAAGAACAUAAUUUUGAAAAAUACGAUUCAAAUACUGUGACUGAUUAUGGAGUUGGAUAUGAUUAUCAAAGUGUCAUGCACUACAGCAGUAAAGCAUUUUCAAAAAAUGGAAAUAUGACAAUUGUCCCAAAGAAAGAAGAUGAAAUAAUUGGACAACGAAAUGGUAUGAGUGAUAAAGACAUGAUAAAACUUGGUGCUAUGUACAACAGUGAAUGUAAAAAACGUGAUGAAAAAAAUGAUGAAGAAAUUAUCACAGAAAUAACUGAUUCACUAACAUGGCUAUUUGACUAAUUAAUUUUUAACUAUCUACCGCGAAAUAUUAUAUAUAUUAAGAAAAAAAAAUGUGUAAAAUAUUGUAUGUAAAUUUGAAUAAAAAAUAUAAUUAUUUUAAAAAUAAAA